ACCACUGUAUAAAAGUGACUUUGUAAAAAUCAAUAUCAUCGCCUCUUUUGUCUCUACGGAAUAUAUUCUUAAACCAACAUUUGUCCUGAAACCUGUAGUAGUUCAGUAGUUCAUCAAGCUCCCUGUUCGCUACGAAGGAGCUAGCUCAGAUUUAUACCCAGCGGAGCACUGAGCCAAAAAUGCCCUGAUCUGACCUUCCGCCGCUCAUUGAUGAACGGCCGCCAAGGCCGUCAAUCGGCGGAAUAUCUUGGCUUCCGCCAAUCCCAUUCCAUUCCGCCCCAGAGGAGCAAUCCAAGCCCUAGUUUUGACGAGUCAGCUUUGAACUUGAACUUUUACAUUGUUGGCAAGCAGAAGUUCUGGACACUCUCAACGACAAAUAGCAGGACAUGUCCAACCGGUCACCUUUCACAGCCUGUUCUUAGUUCGCCAUUACUAGAAACACCCCCGGCAGAUCGCCGCAAGAGACAAUAGGCGAUGCCCAGGCGCUCGCAUCUUAAGUCGAGGACUGGGUGUAAGACAUGUAAGAAGAGGAAAGUGAAGGCAAGUGCGUGAAGUUGAGCGGUUGCAUCUCCCCAGCGAAAUCAUUUAUGCUGAGAAUCAUGCAGUCCUACUCGUUAACGGAGAGAGCAAUUGCUUUCUAUCUUUGAUUUUUGUUUCUAUCUGCUCUCUCCUCACUUAGUGGCGUUCUCUUUCCCUCUUUUAGCCCGUCAGUUAAUUCUCACGCGGCUAACAAGACGUGACAUAUCUAGUGCGAUGAGCAACGCCCAUCAUGCCGCAACUGUCUCAAACGCGGCGCUGACUGCGAUUUCCUAGCCGAGUCAGGCGUGUAUCCCAACUAUCUCACAGAUAACACAGGCGUCUCUGCGCUGAACAUGCUGGACCUGCAACUCAUGCACCAUUUCUCAACGUCCAUAUACGCCACUCUCUCCUACCAUCCGCCCAUACGGAACUUCUAGAAGGGCCCCCGUUGUCCAAAUGGCAUGCGGAUGCGACUAUGUGAUGCGAACCGUCCUCGCGGUCUCGGCGUUGCAUCUUGCGCAUCACUCACGCGAUCGCAAGGAGAUAUAUACUUCUACCGCGCUAACGUAUCAUCGCAUUGCCGCGAGGGAGGCAAUGAAUCUAAUGACGAAUAUCAAAAAGGAGGACGCGAAUAAAUAAUCUGUUUGUUUUCUCUGUCUUGACUAUAUUUUUCGCCCUAGGCGGUCCAGAAGGUUCGUCCGGCGACACCUUCUUCUUCGAAGACAGCAGCUUCCCCGAGUGGCUCUUCCUCCUCCGCGGGACAAAAUCUCUUCUAGAAGUACUAGGCCCAGAGCUGAUGGAGGGCGCGCUGAGCCCAAUGUUCGCGCAGGCGAAACGCUCCCGGCGAUGGACGAAAGACAUGCCCCAUGGCGCCGACACGCCAAUGAAGGUCCCACUGGACGAGCUGGCGGCGCCGGUCCGCACCACCGUCAGCGACGAGCAGGCGCGUGACAUAUACGCGCACGCCAUCGACGAGCUGCUGAAGCUAGCGGAAUCGUUCACCGAUGCGUCGCAGCUGGUCGACAUCACGCAUGCGUUUACGUGGAUCUAUCUGGUCCUCGAUGAGUUCCUGCCCCUCCUGAAGGUGCCGACCCAGGAGUCCGUGGCGACAUUCUCGUACUUUUGUGUCUUUCUUAAGCGGCUGGAGAUUCAUUGGUGGAUGCAGGGGUGGAGCGAACGGCUCAUACGUAAAGCGUAUAAAAUUCUCGACGAGGAGCAUAAGUUGUGGACUACUUGGCUGGCAGAGGAGAUUGGCUGCGUGUUUGAAGGCUAAUCAGGGGGGUUUUUGGAUUGAUGGAUUUAUUGGAGAUCUUUCAGAGCGUACUGUGAGGGGGAUACGGACGCUGGAUAUAGGUCACUGCUGAAUUAUGCAUGCUGGUGCUACAUCUUUGGGAAGACCGACGGUAAUCAACAUAUUGUCCCGUAUCAAAAUAUUUGACUACUCUCUAGGCCGAGGAACAUCCCACGCUGCGUGAGUAGCUCACCGUGUACAGCAAUAAAAUAGAGAUGAAUGAACCCUCAUCCCCUGAUUUGACGCUUUGACGCGCCUGGCCUAGAAAUACAGAAAUGAUCAGCCCCGAAGGAGGAUAGAUGGAGCUUGGAACGCGGUGAAUGGGUGCAAACUCUGAGACAUCGAACAGCCGCCUGGGUAUGCAUUACUCCGAAUGCUCAAUAUACAAUACAAAAUGCUUAAGUUUAAAUCUCUAUAUGAUCUAUGUACCUGUACAUCCAAAUGAAUUGGAAUUGGUGGUAAAAAGGGGGGAGAACUCGAAUUCCUUCCAACCCCACCACUGGCUGGCCCCUGAAAAAGAGUAUUUUGGUGCCAACCCUCAAUGCCAUGCCAGUUACUACGGGCUGGGCAGGCCAGGCCUCGCCAAAGAUAAUCGAAACACAAAAAAUAUACGUUUAAAACAUGCGUUCUAAGUACGUGGACGUAAUUCCUCGAGCAUGCCAUCCUGCGAUUCGACCCGUUCCUCCGAUUCCUCCGGCUUAUCAUGCCCCCAUUUCGAUUCCAGGUCAUCGAUAUACCAAAAGAGAAAUAUGCUCAUAACGACCACCAUAAGAACCAUGUCAAAGAUAUACAAGAACACCUCGUGGGAGAUGAGAUAGCCGCCGUUGCCCUGCAGGUACUCAACGACGCGAAAGAUACUCCGGACCAAGAUGAUGGUGCUGGAGGCAUAGAGGGCGAAAACGUGCCGUUUCCACGGGAUCACGCCGUGCGUCGCGGUGGGGGUCGGCGCGUUGGCGACCCGGAGGUGAAACAGGACGGUCGUGACCACGAAGAAGCCGAAGAUGGAAAUCUGCGUGAACAGGCCGGCCACGAUGAUCUUCUCCCCUAGCUCGAACAGCUUCAGACUCCUGCCGCCCUGGAUGCCGCCGCCGGCGGCCUGUAGGCUGAAGGAGAACACGUCGCCCGUGACGAAGAUCUUGGUGACCCAUUGCACGGGGAUGAGGGAGAGGUGUUCGGCGCGUAGGGUCCGGAUUAGGCGACCGAGGAUCAUGUAGAUGGAGGCUGCGAAUAGAGCGGGCGCAACGAGGAUGAGAAUGGCCUGGAUGAUGAAGCCGCCGAGGGAGAACUUGUCAUAAUGGCCCCAGAUUCUUCCACAGUAGCCGAUUGUUUCAACUUGAGGGAAAUAAAUUCUUUAUUACUACAUAUCUUCACAGGCUGUGAAGUAGAAAGCCCGCGCACGCAGCAAUCGCCAGGUAUGAGCG